AUGUCCCCCUCUCCCGGCGAUGAGCCCCAGGAGCCUAGGAGCACUGGGGGCCUUGCUGGUGUCUUCAAGGGGCUUGCUGGCGGCAAGCUUACCAAGUCUCCUCCCCCGCCGACGUCUCCUCCCGCUCUGCACCCUUUUCCGCAGCCGUCGCCCGCCCCGGCCUCCGCGUCCGUCUCACACCCCUUAUCCCAACGCCCCGAGCGCCCCGACGCCGCCCCGCCCCAGCAUGCCCUCCAUGGGCUCUCCCCCGAUCAGAUGGAGCUCUUCGGACAACUCAAGAACGGCUCACUCAACGAGCGGAUGGCUGCCGCGAAUUCGCUGCGCUAUACCAUCGCCGACUUUCCUCUGAACCCCGUGCUCGACAUAUGGUAUGCGGGGAAGGAUCUCAUAGAUCAGAUGAAACCGGUCCACGCCCGACAGGCUGGUUGGGAGCUGCUCACGGAGUGUGUCAAGUAUCAGUCGUCGACAGACCUCGAGCGGCAAGAGUACUUCCAGACACUGACGGCCUCGGCGAAUCCCGAAGACUUCCAUCUCCAGCUGGCCGCAGUCGAGGACCUGACGGGGCACGGCCGCAACGUGUCUGGCUUCUACUACAAGAUAUUCCCGCUUCUCACCAAGUGGCUCCAGGACGCAUACAAGGCUGUAAGGACGGCUCGGAGACAGGUAUCGCGUGGGAGUGUCAAGCCCUCCAAAGGCAAGUCUCUGUCUUCCGGCGAGGACAAGAACUUCUCCCAGCUCUUCGCCUUCCUGAAGGAUAUCAUCAAGUUCAAUUUCAAAUAUGCCUCAGACGCCGUGGUAGGGAAUCUGAUGGACAUCCUGCUCAAGAUAUGCAUGAACACAAACGUCGAAGAGGACCUAAGGAGCUGUAUCAGCGUUAUCGAUGCCAUGGUCACCUUUGGCGCCAUCCCCAACGAUAGACUGAAGGACUGCAUACAGGUUCUCAGCUCAAUCCAUUGCCUGGUGCCGAACCUGAAUAAAGACGCCUGGCAUACGUUAUCAAAUAUUUGCAGGUCGCAUCACGGCCAGUCCACCGUCAGGAUUCUACUGGACGUGUUGCGGACUUUCCCCAUGGUCCUUGACAAGGACAAGGACAAGGAUGCAGUCAGAGAAGUGCGAGGCGCCCUCUCGGUCCUCAAAAAGCUCCUGUCAAAGUCUACCGAAAAGGGCUAUCCAGCCGUCCCGUUUGCUCUUCUGGUGGAUGGACUAGCCAGCAUCUCCAAGAGUAGCUCCGUGAAGAUAUCUGCCGAGAUCCUAAAGCUGAUCAACUCGCUGUUCGAUGGCCCUAAAGGAAACGUCAAUCCAAUCCUCCUUGAAGAGCAUUGGACGCCUAUAUUGUCUGUGGCAGCCCAUUGUGCCGCCAAAGGCACUCCGGCAGCCAUAGUCGAGUCAGAUGGGUCUAUUCGAUCGCCGCCCCCUAAAGACGAUGCCAGUUCCAAACCUGAAGAUGGAAUUCCGAGCCAGCUGAGAUUCCUCGUCAGCCGGGUUGAAUCGUUGCUGAUACAAAACUGUUCCGAAUUCCUGCAGCGGGACGACUGUAUAGAGUUCUUUACGAAGGUGCAACAUGCUCUCCCAGACUCGGCGGCUGUUCUUGUAAUCAGCUACCUCAAGGAGUAUCGGAGCUGUCUACCCUCCGAGGGGCAGUGGAAAAGCAACCUCAAACUCGUCUUGGAUGGAUUUUACCUUGACCAGAGUCGCCGUCCUCUUACUCGCCUGCAAGCCUUGGAGGUGGUAGUUGAGGUUUACGACUUCCUCUGUCUUGUGCAAGGCCUCGUGGAAGACGAGCCAGUUCUUGACCUUGUGAAGUGGGUAUUGUCCGGAAUGUCGGAGGAGAACGAUACUCUCGUGCUCCAGGAGACCGUGGCCUUCAUGGUCAACGUGGCCGACACAGCUGGAGCGAGUCUUUUUGACGACAUUCUUGACGCUUUCAAGAGUGUGAUUGCUAGUGAGAUGUCCAGGUCAAUAGCUUCUAGUCCGUCGACACAAAAGUCUAGCUCAGCGCACCCUUCUGAUCAGACUGUCUAUUUCGCCAAUCAAAGCCUCUCCAACGUUGUGGCGAAAGGCUACGUUCAAGUCUUUCUUAGAUCGAUGAACAGGGACGCCGCAAAGUCGGUUAAGGCAUUCACGGCGCUGGUUCAUAUUGCCCGUUCGAAUGUCUGCGAAGUCGAUGCUCGGCUGACGGCUAUGAAAAUGCUUUUCCGCCUUCGAGCCAACUUUGAAUACCAAGUACACGUCUCUGCAGUUAUUGCAAACGAAGGCUUAGCAGGUUCUUUGUAUAGGACGGAGUCAUCUCUAGCCCGUAAGCUUGCAGAAGACGCAGCCCAACCGCCGUCGAGGCUUUCGAGAACAGAGCAAGGCGGGCACUCACGGGCAACCCGUGGGAUAUCGUUUACGCAGGCACAGACGGCAGAAAGGGCGGUGCCUAAUCGGUCUAAUACCACCCCAAGACCGGCGGCGCAACAAGGGCAGAGGCUUUGGUCGGUCCCCGAUGCAGACGCGCUGCCUGAACAGCCUCACAGCCGGCCCAGCCAUCUUCUCCUUUCACACCUGAGUGCUGAUGAAGGGGCCGAUUCUUCGGCGAUAGUUCUGAACAUGGGCUCGUGGCUGGACGCAUUGCUCAGUCUUUUCCACCAAGGAUGCGAUUGGGAAGUGUACAGCUUCAUUCUCGUACAUCUCCCAGCGCAGCUCAGCAACCGCCACAUCUUCGCAGACGCUGGGUCGCACAUCCAAGAGCUCCGGCGCGUCUUCUGCGAGAUGAUCAGGAUGAAUAGUCACCAGGAGCCUCCAAGCUUGUCAGGGUUGCGCCGCACUGAUGUUGCAAACUGUCUGUUCCACUCUCUCGUCAUGAUAAUCAGCUACAACGAACUCUUCCAGAAGAUGGACGAAGACGAGAUUGUGAGAACAUUCGUGCAUGGAAUCACGGACAAGACGGCAAAGACGUGCAUACACGCCUUGUCGGUCUGCUGCCACGAGUUGCCCCAGUCCGUCAGCAAGUCUCUCGUCACCAUUCUACAAAAGAUGUCCCAAGUCAUUACGCAGCCUCUCGUGGCGAUGCAUAUUCUGGAGUUUCUGGCCUGCCUUAGUCGCCUGCCUUCGCUUUUUGUCAACUUCAGGGAAGACGAAUAUCGCAUUGUCUUUGGUAUUUGCUUCCGGUACUUGCAAUACGUGCGCGAUAGGAAGCAUUCGACGCGCAACAGCCACGCGAGCGAGCCGCCGACGCCCAGCAUGUCUGUGCCGGGCAUGGCGGACCAGCUAUGGCAGCAAAGUUUGACCGACGACCUGCCACAGUACGUGUACGCUCUCGCCUAUCACGUUAUUACCUUCUGGUUCCUCGCAGUCAAAAUGCCCGAUCGUCCAAACCACAUCGGAUGGAUUGCCAAGAACUUGUUUACGGACGUCGAUGGAAGCCCCAGUAACGAGGAGCAGGCGCAGAUCACCCUCGACUUCAUGCAGCGCGUGGCCUUUUCAGAUGCCAGUGAUUCGGCCGAGGAUCCGCUGUUCAAGGAGAUAAAUUUCGGGGAAAUGCAGCACAAACGCUGGAUCCUCGGCAACAGCAUUGUCACGAUUCGACAGGCAAAGGAAACGGGCUGGGCUGAAAUCACACGGCGGUAUCCCUCUGGGACUUCUUCUUUCGCAGUCCGCGUCGAGUUUCCCUCGGUUCCAUCUCGGCCCGCCGAGGAAGGCUCGUACGCCACGGCUUGGGAGGGUCGUUUCCAGCAGGGCACGACAAUGUUUCCCAGUCACUUGUUAAUGCAGCUCUUAUCACCAAUUCCGCAAAUCUACGAUCCUGUCAUGCGCCCAAUACCGCUCCCCGAGGACGACUCGGUUGGCCGCGCUAUUCGUCUGUUCGAUCACAACUCGACGGUUGAUGGGCACAAGGUCGGUGUCAUCUAUAUCGGAGAAGGCCAAACCAAGGAGACGGAAAUUCUCGCCAACACGAUAGGCGGGCCCGAUUAUCUUGCGUUCCUCAAAGGCUUGGGGGCACUGACGAAGCUGAAGGGGGCGACCUUCAACACGCAGGGGCUGGAUCGAACCAGCGACUCGGACGGCCAGUACACGUAUUGUUGGCGCGAUAGAGUCACGGAAAUCGUCUUCCACGUAACCACGCAGAUGCCGACAAACCUAGAGCAUGAUCCGCAAUGCAGCUUGAAGAAGCGGCACAUAGGCAACGACUUUGUGAAUAUCAUCUUCAACGACUCGGGCCUGCCUUUCAAGUUUGACACGUUUCCGUCCCAGUUCAACUAUGUUUACAUAGUCAUCACGCCUACUCCGCGCUUCUCGUUUGCCGCCGCGCGAGAGAUGGCGAGUAAACGAGAGGGAGAACGUGGGGAUUCGCUGCCCUUCUUCAUGGUGCAGGUCAUGAGCCAGCCUGGGUUUCCCGAAGUUUCGCCUGCAGCAGAGCCCAAGAUAGUCAGCCUCAAAGCCUUGCCGACUUUUGUUCGGCUGCUCGCACUCAACGCCUCGGUAUUCUCACACGUUUGGGCCUAUCGAGAAGGUGGUGAAUAUGUAUCGUCGUGGCGCAAUCGUCUCCGGGAAAUCAACAAACUCCGCGAGCGAUACGGGCCGAAGACAUUCCCAACCCCGUCGCCUCCUCCCAGCGCCCUGGGAGGAGGCUCUUUGGCGACAUCGAGCGGCAUGAUGGGUCAAGUGCAGUCACCCUUGCAGACCGAGGGCUCGCGGCCCCCGAGCGGUGUCCGGGACAGCUUCAGUAGCCUCCGAAGGUCGUCGGUUGCCACCUUUUUCACCAACGUCAGCACGGAUCAGGCCUCUCACCGGUCUUCAAUGCUCUCCACAACUACCACAGACAACACCGAGAUCAUGCCGAUUCAUGGAGCUGAGGCCUUGGUGGAUUCGGUGGAUUUCUCAAAAUGGACAUGA